AUGAUAACAAAGCUAGAGGAGAAAGGGUUUGUAAAAUCCUUGCGUGUCAAAAAAGCCUUGCAGAAUGUGGAUCGUGGUUGUUUUGUUGAGACUAACCCUUAUAACAUUUCUUCAAUGUCAACGAAAUCCGAUGCCAUAAUUCUUCCUCCCUUUGUCCAAGCAGCUAUUCUGGAAGCACUGCAUGACUACAUCAAAGACGGUUCACACUCUUUAAUUAUGGAGCGGGGUAGUGGAUACCUCUCAGCUUGUGUAACGUUUAUGUCUGGGAUUAG